GAGACAAGGGAAACAGGGAAAAAAAUCGAAGUAAGAGGGAGCUGGUGGUUGUGUAGCGGUCUUGAUUUGUUCAUCCAAAAGAAAAUUCUUGUGAGCAAGUGAUCAAAACCUGAAUACCCACACACUACUCAGACCACAACAAUUUAGCAUCGGAGCAAACUAUGGCAACAGGGGCACUUCUCUCCCAAGCUGCAAGAAGACUAGAGGGAAAGGUGGCAGUGAUCACUGGUGGGGCGGGUGGCAUAGGAGAAUCUACCGCGAGUCUGUUCUCAAAGCAUGGGGCUAGAGUCAUUAUAGCCGACAUUCGCGAUGACUUGGGCAAGUCUGUGUGCAAGGAUCUAGGGCCAGAGACCGCAUCCUUUGUACAUUGUGAUGUAUCAAGCGAAUCCGACAUCAAAAAUGCCAUUGCCACUGCAGUUGACAAGCAUGGAAAGCUGGACAUAAUGGUGAACAAUGCUGCGAUCGGGGACCCAAGCAAAGCCAGUAUAUUGGACAAUGACAAGGCUGACUUUGAGAAAGUGAUUAGCGUGAACCUGACGGGCGUCUUCCUAGGGACCAAGCAUGCCGCUCGAGCCAUGAUCCCGUCACAAAGAGGAAGCAUAAUCAAUCUCGGAAGCGUCUGCUCGAGUGUCGGAGGGGUUGCAUCCCAUGCAUACACCAGCUCGAAGCAUGCCGUCCUGGGGCUCACAAGAAAUGUGGCUGCGGAGCUUGGCCGAUAUGGAGUUCGCAUAAAUUGUCUCUCACCUUACUUCAUUCUAACGCCAUUGACGAAGGCGAUCUUCCAAAUUGACGAGGAUGCAGGAGUCCGAGUGUAUUCUAACAUGGAUGGGGUGACUCUACGGCAGGAAGACGUAGCGGAGGCUGCUCUGUAUUUGGGGAGCGAUGAGUCCAAGUACGUGAGUGGCCACAAUCUGGCAGUGGAUGGAGGCUUCACCACCAUCAAUCCGGCCUUUGGCUUGUUUGCUCGUGCUUGAGAAAAACACCGCUUCAUGCCCUAAUUAUUGUACCCUUCUUUGUUUUGUUUUUUUGGUCUGAAUUAUUGUACCCUUCAUGUCCUCCCACUUUGUACUUUUUGUCCAAUAAAAAGUCUAAUGACUAUUAUGUCGAAAUUGAAAAGCA